AUGCCCGGUGGUGGCGGUGCGGGUCAGCAUGCGCCUUUGCAAACACAACCACGGGGGAACUUCAGAAAAGGUAUGCCGGUAGCCACAGCGACCGGCCAGCCCUUACUGACUGGUGCGCCCAUGCAGCCCUUCGUGUCCUACCCGCACCCACAUCCACACCCUGCGCCGCCGCAGCCCACUCUACAGUACCCUCAUAUGGUACGUAUACACAUAAACAAGUGCGCAUGUACCACCCAGGUGGGGCAGUGGGUAUGGGGGGGAGCCGUGGGUGUGGGGGGAGGAGCGGUGGGAGUGGGGGGUGGUGUAGCGGAAUACGCGCCCCCCCUCCGCUUCACCCGCCGCGGCCUCUCCCGCCCUCUAUCCACCGCCAUCGCCCGCGCACACGCCGCACCCGCAUCAGCAUCAACACCCGCACCAACCGCAUCACCAUUACCAGCAGCAGCCCUUCCAGGUAGGUUGCGCAAGGUUAAGGUUAAGGCUAUUGACAUUGAAAAGUACAUGCCGCAAGUGCUGUGUCCGCUGAUGGGCGGUGGAGCUGGUGCCCAUCACCAUCACCACCACCACGUGGCUUACCUCAACCACGCGCCACCCACCGCCUCGCCGCCCCACCACCCUCACCAUCCACACCAUCAUCCCGUGCAGCAAGUACUACUACCACCACAGCAGCCCUCAGGAGGAUCAAGCACGCCCGGAAUACAUUCCUCUCACCCGUAG